CGGGGCGAGGAGCAGUGUGGGUAGGAGACGGCGGUGGAAGGAGUCGCCAUUUUGUUCAGGUUCCGGACUGUCGCUGGAGCCUCUGGGACGCCGAGCCGCAAGGGCUGCCUCGCCGAGUACGGUUAGGGGUGAGUGCGCCGGCUCGUUCGUGCUCUCCCCAGGAACUCUGUCGUUGAUCCCAACCGCCUUUCGACACUUGGCCGUUUGGAGCUGUGUACUAGCACUUUUAACAGGACUAUGGGUUCAGACAAACGAGUCAGUAGAACAGAGCGUAGUGGAAGAUAUGGUUCCAUCAUAGAUCGGGAUGAUCGAGAUGAACGUGAAUCCAGAAGCCGACGAAGGGAUUCAGACUAUAAAAGAUCUAGUGAUGAUCGCAGGAAUGACAGAUAUGAUGACUAUAGAGAUUAUGACAGUCCAGAGAGGGAACGCGAGAGAAGGAAUAGUGACAGAUCAGAAGAUGGUUACCAUUCUGACGGUGACUAUGGAGAACAUGACUACAGGAAUGAUAUUAAUGAUGAAUGGGAGAGUAAGACAAUCAUGUUGCGUGGACUUCCUAUUACUGUUACAGAGAAUGAUAUUCGAGAGAUAAUGGAAUCCUUUGAAGGCCCUCAGCCUGCAGAUGUGCGGCUGAUGAAGAGAAAAACAGGUGUAAGCCGUGGUUUCGCCUUCGUGGAGUUUUAUCACUUGCAAGAUGCUACCAGCUGGAUGGAAGCCAAUCAGAAAAAGUUGGUGAUUCAAGGAAAGCACAUUGCAAUGCAUUAUAGCAAUCCCAGGCCUAAAUUUGAGGAUUGGCUUUGUAACAAGUGCUGCCUUAACAAUUUUAGGAAAAGACUCAAAUGCUUCCGAUGCGGAGCUGAUAAAUUUGACUCAGAACAGGAAGUACCAUCUGGAACUACAGAGUCUGUCCAGUCUGUGGAUUACUACUGUGAUACUAUUAUUCUUCGAAAUAUUGCUCCUCACACUGUAGUAGAUUCCAUAAUGACAGCAUUGUCUCCAUAUGCAUCGUUAGCUGUCAAUAACAUUCGUCUUAUAAAAGACAAACAGACACAGCAGAACAGAGGGUUUGCAUUUGUGCAGCUGUCUUCAGCAAUGGAUGCUUCUCAGCUACUACAGGUGCUACAAAGUCUACAUCCUCCACUGAAAAUCGAUGGCAAAACAAUUGGAGUUGAUUUUGCCAAAAGUGCUAGAAAAGAUUUGGUUCUCCCAGAUGGUAACCGGGUCAGCGCCUUUUCUGUGGCUAGCACAGCCAUUGCUGCAGCUCAGUGGUCAUCCACGCAGUCUCAGAGUGGAGAAGGUGGCAAUAUAGACUACAAUUACCUCCAGCCAGGCCAAGAUGGCUAUGCACAGUAUGCCCAGUAUUCACAAGAUUAUCAGCAGUUUUACCAGCAGCAAGCAGGGGGAGUGGAGAGUGAUACAUCUACUGUACCAGGGGCAGCAGUCACCACUACUUCAGCAGCUGUAGUAUCCCAAAGUCCCCAACUGUAUAAUCAAACCACCAAUCCACCUGGCUCUCCGACUGAGGAAGCACAGCCAAGUACUAGCACUAGCACUAGCACACAAGCACAAACAACUUCCCCGACUGGUGUAGUUCCUGGCACCAAAUAUGCUGUCCCUGACACGUCUACCUACCAUUAUGAUGAAUCCUCGGGAUAUUAUUAUGAUCCAGUUACAGGACUUUAUUAUGAUUCUAACUCUCAGUACUAUUAUAAUUCCUUGACACAGCAGUAUCUUUACUGGGAUGGAGAGAAGGAGACCUACGUGCCUGCAGCAGAGUGUGUAGCCCAACAACAAACUGGUCUGCCUUCCACCAAAGAAGGGAAGGAAAAGAAAGAGAAGCCGAAGAGCAAAACGGCACAGCAGAUUGCCAAAGACAUGGAACGCUGGGCUAAGAGCUUAAAUAAACAAAAAGAAAACUUUAAGAAUAGCUUCCAGCCUGUCAAUUCCUUGAGGGAGGAAGAGAGAAGAGAGUCAGCAGCAGCAGAUGCCGGCUUUGCUCUCUUUGAGAAGAAGGGAGCUUUGGCUGAAAGACAGCAGCUUAUCCCAGAGCUGAUGAAAAAUGGAGAAGAGGAAAAUCCACUCAAACGUGGUCUAGUUGCGGCCUAUAGUGGUGAUAGUGAUAAUGAGGAAGAAUUGAUGGAAAGAAUUGAAAGUGAAGAAGAAAAACUGACUGAUUGGAAGAAAAUGGCUUGCCUACUCUGUAGAAGGCAAUUUCCCAACAAAGAUGCUUUAGUUAGACAUCAACAACUCUCCGACUUACAUAAGCAAAACAUGGAUAUCUAUAGACGAUCUAGACUGUCUGAGCAAGAACUAGAGGCUUUGGAACUGAGAGAGAGAGAGAUGAAGUACCGAGAUCGAGCUGCAGAGAGACGGGAGAAAUAUGGAAUCCCAGAACCUCCAGAACCCAAAAGAAAGAAGCAAUUUGAUGCUGGCACUGUUAAUUAUGAACAGCCAACUAAGGAUGGCAUUGACCAUAGUAAUAUUGGCAAUAAAAUGCUACAGGCCAUGGGAUGGCGAGAGGGCUCAGGUUUGGGAAGGAAGUGUCAAGGCAUCACAGCCCCUAUUGAGGCUCAAGUACGAAUGAAAGGAGCUGGCUUGGGAGCAAAAGGCAGCUCCUAUGGUGUGUCAACAGCAGAUUCUUACAAGGAUGCAGUCCGGAAAGCCAUGUUUGCUCGGUUCACUGAGAUGGAAUGAGAAGCAUCGCUUUGCUCAGCACCUUUUGUAUACUGAUAACUGGCAAAGAACUCCAUUCCUUGUGCUAAGCUGACUGUUACAACCUGUAUCCUUAGGAGCACUGCUAGUGCUGGGAAUGGUUUAGGUAAACCAUUCUAUUCCCUUGGGGAUUUUUCUUCCUCCUCAAAGGUUUUCCCAUAUGUGGGUUGUAUGGGAAAUAGCCUUCUUUUGUGUUGAAGGGAUCAUGGGCAGACUUGGGCGGGGGGUGGCUCCCUGUCUUUUAUACCUUACUGUACAUUACUGUAAUUUACUAUAUUUUAUGUGUGCAGACUGUGUUGUAGUAUACUAUGCUCCUCUGGUUCACUGUAGAUGUUGAGAGGUGUUAGGUGUUGACGCUGAUGUCUCAUCUAUGUUUUGUUGUUGUGCUCUCUCAUUUUGGCGUAAGCCUUGUGUAUAUUUUGUAUAAUACACCUUUGUACAUACUUUUUGAAGAUUUUCAGGAUAGUUGCCAAUUCUGGCUCCUUUACAAAAGAAGCAUCUGGAAAAAUAA